AUGCAAUACAAAAAGGUUACUCAUGUAUUGUUCGACUUAGAUGGCUUACUUCUCGAUUCUGAGGUACUUUAUACUGAAAUAUUUACAACUGCGUGCGAUAAGUAUGGAAAGAAAUUUACGUGGGAGUUGAAGGAAACACUUCUUGGUUUUCAAGGCCAUGAAUGUGCUGAUAAAAUAAUUAAAGUAUUAGAGCUACCAGUGACAAGAGAUGAGUUUAUGAAGGAGUGCAGUCAAUUAAGUGAGGUAGUGUUCUCUAAUGUGCAGUUAAUGCCAGGUGCUAGGAAGCUAGUAGAGCACUUACACAAAAAGGGUGUGCCUAUAGCUUUAGCAACCAGUUCUAGUAGUGACAGUGUUGAUAAAAAGAUGAAAAACCACCAAGAUAUAUUAAAAUUAUUCAAUCACCUCACAAUGGGGUCUACUGACCCAGAGGUUACUAAAGGAAAACCUGACCCCGAAAUAUUUCUUGUUUGUGCUUCAAGGUUUCCUGAUAAACCCAUACCUGAAGACUGCCUUGUUUUUGAAGAUGCUGUAAAUGGUAUAAAAGCUGCUAAUGCAGCUCACAUGCAAGUUGUGGCUGUACCAGACCCUCGGAUUGAUUCUCAAUAUUUACAAACUGCCACACUUGUUCUUAAAUCCUUGGAGGAGUUCAAGCCUGAACUAUUUGGACUUCCAGCAUAUGAUUAA